AUGUUUGGGCAUCUCAUCAGAAGAAUACAUUCAUCUCCUGUUGCACUCUUUCUUCUUAAGAGACAUGCUUCUUGGACACAGGGAGAAGGACCAAACUACUCAAAAAAUUUGAUUGCUUUAGGAAUUGCAACUGCUGGUGGUGUCAUGUUUGCUUUUGUGAGUUAACACUGGUUUUCUAUGGUUGCAGUAUUAUAGGCCUUUUUAUAGUUAUUGAUGCAGCUGGUUCUCAUCAAGUUUUAAAGUAGACAGCUAGGAUGUAAAAGUAGGUGGCUUGGUGACUGAGUGCUGUAAGCAAUUUCAGGCUUUCACUCUCUCACUCUACCCUAUUUCCCCAAAAAACUGGACGGGUCAAACCUCCAAGCAGCCGGUUUUUGACCCAGCUGCUGGCGCUUUCAAGAUAAGUACCCUGUAGAUAGAAACAAGGCUGUGGAGUUGACCUUGUCUUGAUACUACUUAUCCUGCUUUCUUAUGUAAAUAAUGUUUUUCUUAUGCUAAGUAGUAUUUUUCAAACAUGCAGGGUGUUCAUAAGGCAUCGGAGAUCAGAGAUUGGAGAAGUCUUUUUUCAUUGUUCAUUGGUGUUGAAGUAGAGCAAGAGACGAGUACACCCCCUCCUAAAAAAAAUCCUGGAUCCGCCCCUGUUAUUCUUAAUAAAAACCUGGCCUGAGCAUGAUUUCCAUAAGAAAAAAAGGAGGUUUGUAUCAAAAGAAGGUCAACCCCAGCCUCACAUUCACUCAAAGGCUAGGAUACUAAGUCCUCAACUGUAAAAUGGUCUAUUGCCUUAAUUGCUAGCCUGCAAAGCAGGCAUAUUUUGGAGCGCGAUCCAUGAUUUGUUUUUGGGAAUGACGUUAUCCUGCCAUCUUGGACGUUAAUACUACCAGAGAGUUGGGACGAGUCAAAAACUGAUUUUAAGGGAGAGGUUGAUGGGUUUAAUAGUCUAAAACAGUUCAGCUAUCUCAACCAUCUUCGUAACUGCUAAAGAUUGAGGUUUUAUUUGAAUAGUCACACCACAGGAUUUCAUGCACUGACUGAAAAGUUUGAGCUAUGUACACAUCCAAAACAAAUGGUACCAUGUGGAAGAACGGCUGAAGAGGUUUCAUUUGAAUGGUCACACCAUAGAAUUUCAUCAGCAGACUCAAAAGUUAGAACUACAUCCAAAACAAAUGGUACCAUGUGAAAGAACUGCUGAAGAGGUUUCAUUUGAAUGGUCACACCAUAGAAUUUCAUCAGCAGACUCAAAUGUUAGAACUACAUCCAAAACAAAUAGUACCAUGUGAAAGAACUGCUGAAGAGGUUUCAUCUGAAUGGUCACACCAUAGAAUUUCAUCAGCAGACUCAAAUGUUAGAACUACAAUCAAAACAAAUAGUACCAUGUGAAAAUACUGCUGAAGAGGUUUCAUCUGAAUGGUCACACCAUAGAAUUUCAUCAGCAGACUCAAACGUUAGAACUACAUUCAAAACAAAUAGUACCAUGUGAAAAUACUGCUGAAGAGGUUUCAUUUGAAUGGUCACACCAUAGAAUUUCAUAAGCAGACUCAAAAGUUAGAACUACAUCCAAAACAAAUGGUACCAUGUAAAGGAACUGCUGAAGAGGUUUCAUUUGAUCGGUGGCACCAUAAGAUUUCAUCCUCACACUUAAAAAUGAGAACUAAGUGCAAUAAAAAUAGACAUACCAUAUGAAAGUUUUGAAAAGUUAAAAUGUCGUUACAUGUAUUCAUGGCUCUGUGAGUGAAAGUGUGACCCAACUAUUAAAUAGUUUUAUUAUAUAAACACCAAUGAAGGUGCUGAAGGUGAACUUUUGGGCGAAAACAUGAUAUCUUUACAUGCGAAAAGAUCACAAUUGCUGUGGCUACAUAAUUAAUCGCACCUUUCACAACCAAAAACUAUUAAAGUAAAAUGGUUUGGUAUUUCAUUGGUGUUUAUUUAACAGGACAUUAAAUGACCACUUCAAGACACGAAAUUUCUCUUCUCAUGUUGAAGAAUAUCUCACUUGUUUGGUCUGCUCACUCCUGAAAUAUUUUCCUGCUCACUCCUGAAUUAUUUUUCAACACUGAAAGAGAAGUUUCAUAUCUCUGUGUGCAAUGUAAUAUCCUCUUUUUAAUUAUGUUAUUUUUUCAGGGGUAUCAGAAAUGGAAACUUGACAAGGACUUUGAAGUUGAAUCCAAAUGAGGAUAGUUCUUACACUGAACUUACUGUCAAGGGCUCAAAAAAUGUACCUUUGUGAAAAUGAUAAAUGCUGUAACAGUUACAGAUACAGUGUACCUAACAAUGACUUUUUUAUUGCUAGUUCUGGUCAAUUGUUACUGGCUUGUCUUUGUGUUAGCUAGCUGGAUAUAAACUGUAGACAUAUCAGCAUUGUUUUCAUGGACGUUUUUGUGGUAUAAAGUUUAAAUUCCAAAAUCUGUAAAAAAAUAGAACGUAAGAUAAGAUUGAUGUUGAAUACUUUAAUUUAUCUGAGUCAUAUGCUUACGUUUCUGAUAUGAUUAAAAGUUUUUCCCCCUUUCCUGUAUUAAAAUUUUUCAGUUGUAACACAUAACACCCAGCAGAUAUUUCAAUGGAUUUUUCCGAAAUAUAUCAAUAAAGAGCAAAUAACAGUUUUACAUUUAAUGUCUGUGAUUAGCUCCUAUUGGCCACACGAUUUAUUGCUUUUCGACUGAACAAAUAGUGACUUUUACCUGGGCCAAAGAAUUUAAGUAAAGGAGAUAGGAAAUAUUAAGUCGUUUUAAAAGGAACGUUUGAAGUUUUCGUACAAAAAAAAUUACAAUAAAAAGACGGAAAAGAAAUCAGUUCCUUCUGAUCUGUUGCUAAACUAUUGUGUUCGUGACUUUUCGUUUCGGUUUGAUAUAACUUGUGACGCCAUUUACAGGUAAGUCACGAAACAGGAAAAUCAAACGAAGCAGGAAGCUGCAAAUGAAAAAAGGAAAAAUUUUAUGUUCAUGCCAACUAUGACAUUUUGCACCUAUAGAUUUACUUUUUUCAGCCCUAGGGAGGCAAAAAACUGUCAAUUGUGCUUUUAGUUUUUUUAAUUUAGUGUGUUCAUCGCGUGACGUGACACCUCGAUGGUAUGGCCACCGCCCAUUCACCGCCCAAUAAAAACAAGUUCCGGUGUCAACAUAUCACGUCCCAGCUCAUUGUGUCGCGCGAACUUACUGUAUCACCUGUGUUGCUCUGUUUGUUGUCCAGACGCUUUCGAUUUUCAGUCGUUUGGUAGUCCUGAUAGAUUCAAGGCUUAAUCAGCUGUACACUUGAUUCAACUCUUAACUAUGUCUCUCCAAGUUUUUUCAAGAAUUCUCCGUCCCUUGGGGGCCACAAUUUCUCGACAGACUCUCCGAAGUGUUGCUCGUUACACUCAAGCAAAAACAGAAACUUCCAAAGAGGAAUGGGGAACGUUGGUUCUGGGGCUUGGUCUUCUGUCGACUGCAAUUGUAUGGGUAAGGUUCAGAAUUCGGAUUCAAUCCGUUGUAAACUAACGUUGUUUCUUCCGCCAUGUCUCAGCGCGCGGGCAUGGCCACUGUCUCUACUGGAUAAUUGCUAAAAAAGUCAUUGUUAUCAGCUCUUGCUUGCGUUUAGGUAAGGCAGAGGUUUCAAGCGUUUUUUUUUUUCAACAAAAGAAGGAGAGAUUAUGUUACUUUUUUCAAUGAAAGAUCUGUAGUUGAAAGUUCAAUAGUUGCAACUUUUGCGUCAUGCCCUUUUCGCCUUCUACUGUGAAACGUGCUGUUUUGCACGCACAUUAGCCGUGAGUGAGCAAGGCGACUGCCGACAGUGAAGACUCUACUUAUGUUUAUUGUGAAUCAUAACAGUUAUUUGCGUGUUUUAUUGUAGUGAAAAUGCGUUUACAUGUGCCUACGAAAAGAAAUCACAAAAAUUUGAGAACGAGACGCAGUUGUUUACAUUGGUUAAGUGAUAAUUAAUGCAUAAUGAUUUUGUAGGCACGCAACGUAAAACGUUUUACAGGUUACAGUUUGCAAGCGCGAUGGGUUAAAAUCAAGUCAAUCAAAUAUUCACGCAAAAAAAAAAUUCAAUCAAGGUGUUGUUCAAAAGAGAGUUGAUUUCAGGUUAGGCCCUUUGAGACUUCAGUACCUUCGAAGAUGUCAGAAUUGAAAAAAAAUUAUGCAAUAUCACAUCUACUACCCGAAAUUACGUUUACGAAUAUUUAAUAAUUUUGUUUUUUUCUCUGCAGUCAACUAAAGAAGGUGCCUGGUCAAUAAACAUGACUCCUGCUGAGCGAGCUAAGGUAAAGAGCACUCUUUGUUAUCAGUUUUUUCAUCAGUUUUUUUUUUGUUUUUGUUUUUUAACACUGUGCAUUAUAGACUUUCGUUUCAGUUGGCCCCUAAAUGCUCCUGAUGCAAUCAUAAAAUCCUUUUAUUACAAACCUUAAUUCUCUUUUAACUACGUUAGCCACCCACCCCCUGCCCCCCUGCCACACACUCCCCCAGUCGAUCCCCUCAUCCCUAGCCCCAGUCUCCCUGAUCCUUUCCAUCAUCCCCGGCCGCGGCUCUUGUGACCCUGACUUUCUCUGAGUUAAAAAUAACAUGAUUUAUUUUUCAGCUGGAAGAACAGGAAGCUGGAGGGCAAUGAAUGACUGAACUGCACAUAAGCUGUCAGCCUAAAGACUUAGAACUUUAUAGCUCAGGUCUCAUUAAAAAAUGUGUAAAUUUAUAGUAGCCACAGGAACCUACUGGUAGUUGGAAUUAUGAUUUUUGUUAUUAAGGUGUGAUGAUCAAGAUUAUCUCAUAAUUUGGACUAAAAUAAUUAUAUAUGAUCAAAAGAAAAAUAAUUUUAAAUGAAUUAAUGUGGUUCCAGCAGGCCCUGUUGCUUUUGUCUAGUCUGUUUUUUGUAUUAAUUUUGUCAAUCCAUAGUUGUACAUUUUAAGGAGUUGGAAAAAAACUGAGUUACCCCCAAACUAUUUCACUGUAAAGUCUUUGAGUUGCAC